AGGCACAGCGAGUCAGAGGGAGAGAGUCAGAAUGGGUAUGCAGGCGGGUGGGAGCGCCGUCUCGUGGUGAUCAGUCAGAGCGCUUCCAGAGCUGGAUUUAUGGCACGCAGCUGUUGAGUAGCUGACAGACGUGUGAGGAGCUCAAGCGCGGCUGCUUCUCAAGCUGCUCCUACCAGCUCAAUCUCUGCUUACUGCAGCGUAGGAAGGAGGACUUCUGUGCCUCAACACACAACGCCUGCAGAUGGUGCGGGAGCAGUAUGUCACCACCACCCAGGGCAGCAGCGUGCCCAGGCCGGUGCCCGACCACGUCUACAACAUCGGCAUCUAUGGCUGGAGGAAGCGCUGCCUCUACCUGUUCAUCCUGCUGCUCAUCAUCAUCCUGGUAGUCAACUUUGCCCUCACCAUCUGGAUCCUCAGGGUGAUGUGGUUCAACACGGAAGGGAUGGGACACCUACAAGUAAACUCAGAUGGGGUCAAACUGGAGGAGGGCGAGUCCGAGUUUCUUUUCCCCGUCUACGCUGAGGAGAUCCACUCCAGAGAAGACUCUUCUCUUCUAGUGCACUCAUCGGAAAAUGUCUCCCUUAAUGCCCGCAAUGUAAAUGGUGAUGUCACAGGGAGGAUAUCUGUGGGUCCAAAAGAAGCUCAGGGACAUGCUCGAAAUCUGCUCAUUAACUCCCACAAUGACAACAUGCUGUUCACUGCAGAUGGCGACCAGGCUGUGAUUGGACCCGACAAACUACGAGUCACAGGUCCUGAAGGAGCACUGUUCCAGCACUCAGUGGAGGUGCCCCUGCUGAGAUCUGAACUUUUCAAAGACCUGAGGUUGGAGUCUCCUACUCGCUCUCUCAGUAUGGAUGCGCCAAAAGGAGUUCAUAUCAAAGCGCUGGCUGGCAACAUUGAAGUUGCUUCCAACAUGGAUGUUAUUCUGAAAUCUGGUAUAGGACUGUUGGUGCUGGAUGCUGAGACAGUGCGCAUGCCAAGCCUGCCCCUGAGCAAGGAAGGUGUUUCUGGGUAUGCUCAGGGUCUCUAUGAGGUCUGUGUCUGUCCCAGCGGCAAACUCUUCCUGUCCAAGGCUGGGGUCACCUCCACUUGCAGCGAGAAUCAGGAGUGCUAGAAAGACUGACAAGGUAAUCGAUUUUCCAUCUCUCGGUAGAUGCAUCUUCUGGGAGGCACCUAGCACAACUGUUUAUAUCUGGCUAGUUUUUUGUAUCUUUAUACAACAGUAGAUCUAUGAUGACCUUAGUGCUAACAUCCCACAGGCACAUCAAGGCCUGUAAAAAUACAAAUGCCUGCUGGCGUACAUGUUGGAGAUGUCAUGAAAUGCAUCCUUUUAGUUGCAUUUAUGACCUUCUAACCAUUCAGCUAAAACAAAUUGGCACUCAGUUUCAAAUAUAUCUGCAUCAGAGCUUUGUGGAGAAAUUUUACACACACAGUAUUGUGGCUGGGCAAUGAGGAGCUGGCAACAGCUUACAUCCUAUGCAAUAUUAUCUUGUGGUGCAAUAAAUAAAAUUGACACAUACCAAGGGCUUGGAAUAAUCAAAAAUAAAUAUCUCAAAAGCUGACAGAAUGUAAAUGGAAAUAUUUAUUUAGGUUUACCCUUAAGCCCUUCUGGCUCCAAGCCCUUGGUAUGUAGGUUUUUGUCUUGGUGUUUAGCAUGGGGGGGAGGGGAUUUGAGAAAUGUUGGUAUAUAUUUUUACAUUGUCUUGGUCACUUCAGAGAUCUUUUUUUUCUUUCUUUUUUUUAACUCAAACCCAGAUACAACACUAGACAACAGCCUUGUUUCUUAUUUUGUUUACUGCUUUAUAGGGUUGAGCUUAAAAUACCAUGUCCUUAUAGUACCAUAAAGUGUUAGUGUAUCACAUGUCUGUUUUUUCAAUUUAUAAGAUUAUGUUUGGCCUGUGUUAUUUUAAGCCCUGCAUUCGCAUGUAAUUAUGCAUUAGAUAUUAGACAGACAUUUUUUCUUGCACGCAAGCUGGUCUGUUUGUUCAAAAACCUCAUUUACAGCCAAGUCUAUGACUAACAAAACAUUACCUUUGACCACAGCAACAGACAAGCAAAAACCAAACAGGUCUAAUAAAGGUAGUGUAGCUGUGGGUAGUUUGAUUGGAAAAAUAGUGGGAUUCAGUUUUGCUUUUUCCUUUUGGGUCAAAUAUGCCUUGAUUUUUUGUUUUCUUUUUACACAAUAUGCAUGACAGGUAUUUGACAAGAUUUGCCUCUGUUGUAAGAAUUAAGGUUCUCAGUUCACUAUGACAAAACAGGCUAUUUUUAAAAAAAUUGUGUGGUUACAUUGAGCAUUAGCAUCAAUUUAUCUGCAAGACUGUUUUUAGCAUAAUUAACAUCAUAUUGUGUUUUGUUAUUAUUGUCUGUCUUAAUAAAUAGUUAAUUUGCAGUUCUCAACUACGUUCUGGCAUAUUUUGAUAGUGUGUAAUAUGUAUUUAUUAACUUUGUAUGUUGAAUAAACUUUGUGGUAUUCUUCUA